CGUGAAUCAUUAUUUCAUCUAUGAACUAAGUAAAUAAAAGCGUUGAGAAAAUAAUCAUAAUAUAAAUUAUUCAUAAUACAUUGUCAAAUCGUCACUUCCGGAGGCGGAACAUUGAAAUACAUAAACAAACUGAGAAAUGGUAUAGGAAAUUUCUUCACUUUGUUAGAAGAAAAUGCUGUCAUCUCUUGUGAAGCAGCAUCAAAUAAGACAACAAAUUCGCAAGGAAAGACAAGAAAAGAAGAAAAAGGAAGCCAUAGUAGCAGCUACAGCUUUAACUCAUGCUUUAGUUGAUCAUUUAAAUGGCGGUGUUGCCCAGGCAUACAUUAAUCAGAAGAAGCUAGACACAGAAACAAAGAUCUUACAAGCUAAUGCUGCACAGUUCUCUAAACAAACAUUACAAUGGUUAAAACUUGUGGAAGAUUUCAAUACAGCUCAGAAGGAAUUAGGUGAUGUUGAAAAUUGGGCAAAGAGUAUUGAGGCAGAUAUGAGAACCUUAUCUAGUGCAUUGGAAUAUGUUUAUCGUAAAAGUGACUGAUAUAAACCAGGUGGGCUGAAGUAAGCUUUAUUACAUUGAAAGAGUGGGCAAUGUAAAUGUAUAUUGGUUAUAUUGAUGUCAAACUUUUUAAAUGAACUUUCAACCAAAAGAUAUGACAUUUAAUUAAAUGAUGUUCUGUUGUUUUAUAACCAAUCUAUGUUUUUAAAUUAAAUAUAUAUUAUUAAAAA